AAUAUCAGUACUUGAAAUGGCUUUGAUGAAAACUAAGGUUGGGCUGCCUGUGGCGGAAGUGAACUAUAAUAUUGUCGAACAACAAGAUGGCAUCUGUGUUAAAGAGAAAGAGGAGUGAUCUUGAAGAUCACUUGAUAAAUGAGGUUAAAUAUCCUGAUAUACGGAUCUAUAUCCUGCCACAAAGAAUACAGAAAACAAGAAUGGAUAUUUUGAAAAAGGCUGCUUGUAAGAAAGGAUUUGUUGUCGAGGAGAGCUUCAGUGGAAGUGUCACCCAUGUUGUCAGUCAGUAUGACAGUGCCGAAAAGAUCUUAGAAGCACUCAAAAG